AUGUGCAACAUUAUAAAUGCGUUUGGUCUGCUGUGGCUACGACCGUCUCCUUGUGCUAUUCUCUUCAGUUUUCAGAUUCAGUGUACUGAUAUUUAUUUCUUGCUCAGCUGUAUUCAGGUGCUGGCCGAGGAUGGGGAAGUUCACGUCUCCCUGUGCAACGGUCAAGGCGGGACACCGGCGGAUAAGCCAAGGCGUGAGUGGCACAACAGCUGGCAGGUGGCCGCUAUGGCAGCAGAAGCACAUUUAAUCCUCAGUGCUGUUUGUCCGUUUGAAAACGAGAACUAUCCAAGCUACAAGUGCACUGGAUACAGGAGCCAGGACAAGGGCUUUCAUGUGGAGAAAGCUUUGCUCCACAUCUUUUCUCGCAGUUUCCCUUACAUUCCUGUUCAGAUAACUCACAUGGAGGAAGUGGUCGAAGGGGAGAAUGUCCACUACAACAUCCCGGCGGAGCUGAGUGAUUACGUGUUCAGGAGAUUUCUCAGUCCAGAUUCUGUCCAUCCUGUCAAGUUGGUGCAAGAUUUCUUUCUAAAGGAACUGUUGGCACACUGGUCGGUUUCCAUGGCAACUGCCUCCGCUCCCUUCCUUAUUGCGGCCAAACAGCUGCAUUCAUGCUGCCACGGCGUUGAUAACUCGCAGUGUUACUGGAUCCACCUGCUGCAGAGAGACCUCACCUGUCCCGCUGAAAGAAAAGAUCCAAACAUACAAGAAGCAUCAAGUGCUUCAAAAGCUGCCUGCAAUAAAGAGAACAGGAUGAAGAGCUUAUGGCCGGCGUGCUCCAGUGAUGUUCACCCUGAAGUGGAAAGUGGUCUAUAUGCGCUGCGUCCGACAUUGCUCCCUCAGCUGAACGAGUUUCUGGCUGGAAAAGAAGCACAGCUUCAGGGGGGGAGAGAUGUGAGGUCUGAAGGGGAAAAGAAUAAAAACGAUGAGGGUUGUAAUGGUGCCAUCAGCUCAUUCUUUGGCAUUAGUGGUGUGGUGUUCAGGAACAUAGCCAUCAGCCUGUGGGCCCUGCCUGCUUUCCACCAGCUUCUCCUCAGAGGUGUUUUCCCUUCAGACACCGAGCCAAUUAAAUUACUAAGAAGUAGGCUGGAAAAACUCCUUUCUCCCUACAGAGUCUCUGUAGCAACAGAGGAGAGAAGCCUGCAGUUGACAGUAGAGCCACUGGGUUUGGUUGGUGAGGUUUUUCAAAGCAGUGUAGCUGAUAGUUGCCAUGUCACCAUCACUGUCUCUCUGAACCUGGACCUCCUCGCCGUGCUCCUGUUUUCACUCCCUGACUGGCGUUUGCUUUGGUCUCACGAGCCACGUUUCAUAAGACAGUUUUCACAUGGCCCACCUCCCGGGACGCCUUUCUGUCCUUUUUCUCUGCACCCAGAGCCUUUCAGCUUCGAUAUCAGUUUCUGGACUGGACCAUCGUGGGAGGAGAAGAAGUUCUACGCAGCGAUCCGAGAGGCCAGCUUAGGGACGGUGGAGCAGGUUCAACUCAUGGACACGUUCUCGCAUCCUGACCUGAGCCAGACCAGUUACUGUUACAGACUCACCUACCACUCACACACACACGCUCUGUCACACACACAAGCUCUGAUGUUCCACAAACACCUGGAGCUUCUAUUGUCCUCUCGACUGCAGGUCACCAUCAGGUAGCACGUUGCAGAACGUCCUCAUUUUCGGAAUGUUUGUGGCUGAAGCGAAUCAUGAUCAGAAUGAAACUAAUCAAAUAUUCACAGUAGUUGAAAUUAUCUGUUAAACAUCAAUAAUCCUGUAUGUGUCUUGAGUUUAAUCUUAUAAUAAAACGUAUUAACCAUUAAUCUUUUGAUAAUAAACCACAACAUAAAAGUCA